AUGGCUUCGGAAAUAAACCUGCAGUCCAUGAAGGUGGCCCAUCUUCGUGAAUACAACAAGCCAUACGAGAUACAGAGAAAGCCAAUCCCAGACGUCGGAGACCAUGAACUACUCAUCCGCGUCCAUGCUGCCGGCUUCUGCCACUCCGAUCUCCAGGUCAUCCAGGGUCAGUUCCCCACCACGCUUCCCAUGAUUCCUUCCCACGAGCCUUCCGGCGUCGUGGUUCGGGUGGGAUCGAAAUGCGCAGGCAGCUGGAAGCCAGGAGAUCGCGUCGGCGUGCUCAAUUUCAAGAAUGCCUGCGGUCACUGCACCGGCUGCGGUCUGUCACGGCGGAAAAGCGGCGGGCUGGACCCGAGAUUUUGCCAGCACCGAGAAAUGGCAGGCUUUAGACAUGAUGGAGCCUUUGCGGAAUAUAUGACGGCGGACCCUAGUACAACAGUGUUGCUUCCCGAGUCGAUCCCCUUUGAGCAGGCAGCUCCAUUGAUGUGUGCAGGGGCCACGGUCUGGGGAGCGAUUGAGAAAGCCACCUCUAGUUUAGAACCUGGAGAUGCCGUGGGCAUUGUUGGAAUAGGCGGACUGGGCCACUUAGGUGUUCAAUUCGCAAAGGCAUUGGGCUACCGGGUUGUGGCUAUUGACAGCAGAGAGGCAGGGAGGCAGCUCGCAACCGAGGUAUCAAAUCCCGAAUUGGUACCGGACCUGGUUGUCGACUCGAUGGCCGACGACGCCACUGCCAAAAUCCAGCAGUUCACAGAUUGUGAAGGGCUUGCUGCAGUCGUUGUUUGCACAGACUCGCUUGCUGCGAAUUCAUGGGCACCGACAUUACUGAGGAUUCAAGGUGUGCUAGUUGUCCUAGGCCUCCCACCACAGGGAUGGCAUUUUGACUCUGAAAUCAUGGCCUUCAGGGAGCUGGUGAUACGAGGAAGCUACGUUGCGGAUACCGAGUCUACUAAGCGCAUGAUGGAAGUUGUUGAUAAGCACAAUAUUCGGUCUCAUGUUACUAUAGUCGCGUUUGAUGAGAUUCCGAGGAUCGUGGAGGCUUACCGGGAUCCAUCAUUCAAAGGGAGACUGGUUGUCCAGAUAUCACAGUAG